CAUGCCCAUGCGUACCGGUAUACUGCUUCGUCUUUGCUGCAGCAUGUAAUUGCCGAAAAUAUAAAAUAUUGUUGAGAGUCUACGCACUUUGAAUUUAAUUUGGAUUACACGUUCACAGCGCUCAAGUCUAGCUAGACAGACAGUCAUGAGUGAGUUUCAGGUCCACCAUGUCAAGUUCUGCAACUAUGUCCCGAGUGGAAUCCAGAGCCUGGCAUACAACCAAACAGACAAAGUCCUAGCAGUUGGCAGGGAGGACAACUCUGUCGAGAUAUGGAAGACAGGAGAGGGCAGGAAAUGGUUGCAGCAAAAGGUAAUCCCAGGGUCCGAGAAGAGGAAGGUGAACAGUCUAGUCUGGGUCAAAGGUCGACUCUUUUCUGCAGGUCUACAGGGAGACAUCACAGAAUAUGAUCUGCAGCAUUUAAAGCCAAAGAAAUCAAUCUACUAUGGUAAUGCCUUUUGGUGCAUUGCAGUGAACAAUGCACAAACUCAUAUAGCAGCAGGUUGCGAGGAUGGGUACAUCCGUCUCUACGAGAUGACAGACGAGGGCCUCAUCUAUGAUAGGUCGCUCCAGAUGCAACAGGGUCGGGUCGUGUCACUAGCAUGGCAUGUGUCAGAUGAGGUCAUUGUGACGGGGUCACUGGAUAAUAUCAGGAUUUGGAAUGUGAACACAGGACACGCAACGCUGAGGAUCACCACUCAGAGGGUCCAGAAGCACACCGAGGUUGUAGUUUGGCAGGUGGCUGUCCUGGAUGAUAUGACCAUAGUCAGUGGAGACUCGGUCGGGAGGACCCAGUUCUGGAACGGAAAACAUGGAACACUGCUCAAGAGUUACACCAGUCACCGAGCAUCGGUCCUAGACCUCUGUGUGUCCCAGGACCAGACCAGUGUCUUCUCGGCCGGUGUGGAUCCCAUCAUCUCCGAGUUCCAAAUGGUCCAGAAGGCGUCGGGAUCUGAGACCAAGCACUGGGUCCGGGGAAGGUCCAUACGGGAUCACAGCCACGAUGUCAUGGCCGUGGUCAUAGCUGGAGAUAAACUCGUGUCGGGAGGUGUAGACACCAUGCUGGCAGUGAAUCCAGUCCACAUAGAAAUGUCUGGUGGCAAACUGAGUAAAGCGAUGUCCCGACUGCGUCACAGAAUACGCGGCUUUCCACACAAGCCCAUUGUGACUUUGGCGCCCAAGGCCAGGAUGCUACUCCUGCAGUAUUCACAUUCCCUGGAGGUGUGGAAACUAGGCAACACACAAGCAUCCUCAGAUGAAGAUGGAAAAGUUUUGCCAUUAUCUGAGAAGCCGGUCAAGUUACUGGAACUUAGAGCAAAGGGUGUGGAACAGAUCGUCUGCAGCACCAUCAGUAGUUGCGGAACCUGGGUAGCUUAUUCGGAUGUGGAGAAAAUCAGAUUCUAUCACGUCACUCACAACCCACUCUCAAUAACCAGGGUCCCAACCAUCCCUUCUAACCUGCAUCCAGCGCAUCACCUGGCCUUCACCCCGGACUCUUCCAAGUUAGUCUCGGCAGUUUGCACGGGAUCAGCGGGUCUUCAGCUCCUCACCGUGGACGGUCCAGACGGUGUGGACUGUCCCCAGCCCCUGGUCCAGUCCUUACCCAUCACAGAGGUCCAGGGGCCGUACACGGCGCUGGCGGUCAGCGGGGACGGGGAGAGGGUGGCUGUUGUCGGGUCAGAGGGCAAGGUAGCUGUCUUGCCUCUCAACAGUAACAAGAUCAAAUCAGUAGUGCUGCCUCACACCAAGGUUCCUCCAUGUUGCUUGGCCUUCCAUCCGUCCAGCAAGCAACUAGCGGUAGCUUACACAGACAGAAAUAUCGCAGAGUAUGACAUCACCAAACACGAGUACACCCCCUGGAGCCGGUCCGUCCACAAGCAGGGUCUCCAUCAAGCUUGGCUGGAGAAGACCAGUGUCAUCCAUCAGAUGACCUUUGACCCCUCCGACCCUGACAAACUCCUGGUCCAAGACGGGACCUGGUUGACCGUCAUAGACAAGACCAAGCCGUUGCCAAGAGCAAAUGAGAGACUGCUAGCUCCAAGGGCGGGCAAGAGACGACAUGAUGGCACCUCACGUUCAGAAGACAGAACGCACGGCUUCUCAAUAUGCAAGAAAUACAAAUAUCUAUCGUCGGCUGCCAGCAAGAAGGCUGUAACUGCCGCUUAUGAUACACACAACUCUUACUGCCCUCUUGCAGGCUGCGCGACAGACAUUAUUUGUUUCUCUUCGCCUCUUACCAGCUCAAUACUCCUCAAUGACGAAUGA